ACGGACUGGCCAGUGCGCCUGUGCCAAGAGGAGUAGGUGAGUGUAGUGUUGGGUGCUGGCAGGAGCGGUACUAGCGGCAGCAUUAGUGAGGGCCAGUAACAGCCAGGGCGUGCGUGUGUCAGUGUCACCAUGUCUGCCCAGCCACGGGUCCGGAAAGUUAUCCUGAGCACAGGCAAUAUCCUCGAGAUGGAAGACUUGAUACGUAAAGCUGGACAGACCACUAAUGAAGAGCUACGAGGCAGUAUAAAAAAAACUUUGAAUAAUUGGGAAGGGCGUAAAGCAGAAGCUCAGAAUGGUGAUGUGCUCACCAUCCAGCGAAGUUUAAACAACGUACCUCCUAAAGAAAACUCUGGCACCAAGACCACUGUGAAGCUUUUCCUCAGUAAUACUGAUUCCUCGCAGGUUGAGGAUGCCAUCAAAACUGUAACUACAGGCCUGGAUUUACCUCACAUCGACUCGGUUAUUGUAACUCCUCCUGAUGUUAGUGAUGAUGCAACACUUGAGAGCUUGGAACCAAUGUGGCAGGCUCUAGAAGAUGCAGUUAACAGGGGCGUUGUGACUGGUAUUGGUUUGGCAGAUGUCUCCACUCGUCUCUUUACUGAACUGUAUGAAUGGGCCAAGGUUAAACCCACGACAAUGCAGGUGAAUCUUUCUUCUUGCUGCAUUGUGCCCCAAGAGUUAUCAACUUUUGCUCAACAGCAUGAUAUUCAGGUGCUGACCCACAAUGACCCUGCAGAAAUUGUUGAUGAAGAGGUUGUGUCAACCAUCACAAGUUGCCUAGGUUUAUCAACAGGUCAGUGUCAAAUACAGUGGAUCGCACGACACCGGACCAUCCAGCAGUGUUUUGGUUUGAUACAAGACAAAGGAUACACGCUUGCUCUGGCAUGUGAUGGUUAAAUUAUGUAAGGGAUGGACCAGUAGCAAUUGUCUGGAUAUUUCAAACCAUGGUACUGUAUUUUCAUCUUGUUAGUGAAGUUGUUAUUGAGAUUAUGUGGUGACAGGAAGAAAUUUGUGUCGGAGAUAUUAUAUACAUUCUUACCUUGAGCUGCUUCUAUUAAUGUAACCAGGCUCAUCUUUAGGUAGUAAUUCUAAGGAUUUGAAUACACUGAUGCAAAUUAAUAUCAAAGAGAAUUUAUGUAAGAUACUGCUCAUUUGAUAUUGACAGUUCUUACAGCAUGUGUGGUGUGUCUUGCCAAAAGUUGGCAAAUAAAUCUAUGUGCUGUGACUUUACAAGAAUGCAUUACAGGGUAUCAGUGCACUCAAAUGCAUCUUGAGAAUAUGGGCUUUACAAUAGUCAUUGUAAGGUGUUUUCAAGUCUUUAGGUUGAUACAUAAUUUGUUAUUGUGUGAAUGGUAAACUACAUCAAAGGGCAAGGAGCACUAAUGUUGGGCGAAAGGUACAGAAGGUCAGCCUUUUAAUCCUCUCUAAUGGUGGAAUACUAAUGUCAUACACAGCUCAUGUACUCAAGCCUUUCUAACUCUUAAUGCAUGUUUUAUUUUUACACUGAUAAAUUUCUCAAGAAUAAAUUGUAAUGAGAGAUAGAUGCGUGUGCAGUUCUUUUAACUCAUUUCAUUUAGUUUUAAAUUUUCUGGCCUUAAUGUUACGCAUCUGACAAGAAUGCAUUAUCUGUGUAUGGUCUACAGGAUUUGUGAUGGGUAAAAUAAAUGAGUUAAUAUCAAAUAAUAGCAUUAUUCAUGUAACAUUUUAAUCUACGAUAUAGCUAGUGAGUUAAAUAAAGGGGACUUAGUCCCACUUAACAUUGACAAAAGUUGAGGUUCAGUCAAGGUUUUUAGAAGUAAUGUGUACAAAGAGGUGAGGCAGAGUGAGUUUAAUUUUUAAUUAUUGAAAAAAAAAGUAACUUAAAAUAUAUGCAAAGUGACAAUGCCUUUUUAUGAAGUUACUUUAAAAUUUUUUGACAUGAAUAACAUGGCCCAUCAUAGUUCAUUCCAUUAGAUGUCUGUUGCUUAGAGCAUGAAUGUAUGGGCAGUUUGACAAGUUAUGUUGAAUUGGAAGUGAUUGUUGUAUUGAAUGGCUGUGAUUUAACGUAUUGUGGAAUGUGUGUAUUAGUUACACAUUAUGAUCACAGACAUAUCCUGUGGACACACUAGAACUUCACUUAUUCAUUUAACUUUGUGCCAAGCUGGGGUGUCAGUAUAAAAGAAUUAUCUGAUAUAUCCGCUUUUGAGCCCUUUAUGCACUAAAUGAAUAUUUUUCUAUUGUUUAAUAUGUUCAAAAGUAUUCAUUCAUAUUUACUUAUUUUAGGUUAUAUUGUUGAAAAUUAGCUCAGACUUCUUUUCAAUUAAAUUAAAAAAAUUACAGAAUAGUUAUCUUCAUCAUGUUUCAAUAAUUUGAUAUCUUUUUAACUAUUGAAUAUGUUUUUUUCAUUUCAAAUUUUUUGAGUACUGUAACUCUAAAAUAACCACAAUAGAAUGGUUUUAUAGUAUUUCAUUCAUCUAUACUGAAGUAUGAACACUUUAUUCUGCAUAAUACAGUACGUAUGUAUUCCUAUAAUCAACUAAAUACACAAGCUGGAUUAUCUUGGUGUUGCUUGUGAGGAUUCAUCAAUCUCAAACAAAUGAGUGAUAAAAAAUGCUCAAUAGCAUCUGAAAUACAGUACUUUACCUCCAUCUAUAUUGUUGUGUUUGUAUUGUUACUUGCACUGUAUUAUCAUCUGCCUUUUUCUCACUUGAAAGCCCCUUUUCAGCAAUGGUUCAAGGUGGUUAGAAUAAGGAGCAAUGCAGUUUUUUCUCAUUGGUAAUCAUAUAUUCUGUCUAGUUGCCUGAAGAACAUAAGAAUGGAGGAAACUGCAGCAGGCCUAUUGGCCCAUACUGGGCAGUCCCGUUUACACCCAACCCCUAUCGCUUAUAUGUCCAUCCAACCUAUGUUUGAAGCUAUCCAGCGUAUU